CGUAGUGAUGCAGACGACGCAAUCUCGAGCCGUUUCAUUGUUAUGAUUGGUGUAGAAUGUUAAAAAAAAUUGACAUAAGCCGUAGUCGAAUAUCGCUGCUAUUCGGGAGCGCCACGGUGGGGACGAAUACAUACACAAAUGGCCGAAAUGUUUCACCCAAGAUGUGGGGAUCGUGUAAGUUUAAUAAAUGACAAUUGUACUGCCGUAAGGAAUUUCUCAGUCUAUAAUUACGGGCUGGUGUUAAGCUCCGAACCCCUCAAAGAUGACCAACUUUUUGAAGUUCGUAUCGACAAGAAGAUGGUAUCAUGGAGUGGAAGUAUUGAAAUUGGAGUCACGUCAUGUGAUCCAGAGAGCAUGGAGCUUCCGGCAUGUGCAAACAAAUUACGUCUAGGAUCUUGGAUAAUGUCAGGUACUGGAAUUACCCGUGACGGACAACCAAUUGUUGAACUCUAUGGAACAGACCUUCACACUUUAGAGGAAGGAGAUACUCUCGGUGUAAUGAGAACAUCCAAUAAUGAGCUGGUGUUCUAUGUAAAUGGUAUUUCACAGGGAGUAGCUGCUGUGAAUAUACCUCCGCGAGUAUUUGCUGUGAUCGAUAUGUAUGGUAAUUGUGUUCAAGUAACUGUAUCCCGGCCUAGGCGGUCCCUAGUUUUGGAAGACAUAACUAAUGAAUCUGAAAUUAACAAUGACCAUGCGCUUGGUGAAACAUCAAAUUCAUUGACAACGAACUUGGUUACUAGCCUGAAUGUUAAUGUUAAUGUAAAUCUACCAAAAAAUCCAAGUGCUGCUGCUAUAAGGGAAGACAGAUUAAGGUUCCAUGAAAGGGUUGGGACCCUUGUUAAACUUUCUAAUAAUGCCAGAACUGCAGAGAGGCAAAGACCAUUUGACGAGUUCAACAAUGGAGUUGUGAUGACACACAGAGCCCUAAGAGAUAAUGAGUUAUUUGAGAUUCGAAUAGACAGAUUAGUGGGCAAAUGGUCUGGAAGUAUUGAAGUUGGAGUAACAACUCACAGCCCCACUGCUUUAGAAUUUCCCGCAACAAUGACUAACAUGCGUUCCGGAACAACCAUGAUGUCUGGUUGUGGUAUUUUGACUAAUGGCAAAGGCACGCGACGAGAAUAUGGGGAAUUUAAUUUGGACGAAUUAAGAGAAGGUGACAGAGUAGGAAUGAUUAGACGAAGUAACGGUAACCUUCACUAUUUGAUAAACGGUUUGGAUCAAGGAAUCGCUGCCAAAAUUCCGUCAGGAGUUUGGGGCGUUAUAGAUCUCUAUGGAAUGACCGUAAAAGUAACAAUUGUCGAUCGGGAUGAGAAAGAGGAACAAAAUUUAGUAACAAGACGAAAUACCUUACAUCUACAAGAAUUAAAUGGGGAAGAACUCAUGGAUGAUGACCCUAUGGAUAGACUAAUGUUUCAUGUAUGUUGUGGAACACACGCGGAUGUGAUAAAUAACGGAAGGACUGCUCAUAGAUCUAAUGCUCUAGAUGAUUAUAACAAUGGUGCUGUACUGACUUCGCGGCCAUUGCGCCCAAAUGAAUUAUUUGAAGUCAAAUUAGACAAAAUAGUAACCAAAUGGUCGGGAUCAAUUGAAAUCGGUGUUACCACUCACGCUCCAACUGAAUUAGAAUUCCCUUAUACAAUGACCAAUUUAAGAUCUGGAACCUGGAUGAUGACCGGCACUGGCGUGAUGCAUAACGGUACGACAAUUAUAGAUAAAUACGGACCAAAUUUGGAUCAUCUUCAAGUUGGAGAUCGUGUAGGAGUGAUGAGAAAUGAUGAUGCCAUUUUACACUUUUACGUUAAUGGAGCUGAUUUAGGGGCAGCAGCUACGGGAGUGCCUGAUAGAGUUUAUGGAGUUAUAGACUUGUAUGGACAAGCAGCUCAGGCAACCAUAGUAGAUGCAACUGAUUUUUACAGCCCAACAACUAACAAUUCCAGUUUUAGCAACACAACACUCUACAGUGAUUUACGAUUCCAUCACAUACAUGGCAAAAACGCGCGCAUUAUGAAUAAUGGGCUAACAGCUGCAAGACCUCGUGCAUUGGGCGAGUUCAACGAGGCGAUUGUUAUUGCCAACAGAGCAUUACGUGAUGGAGAAAUGUUUGAAGUAUCCAUUGAUAAAAUGGUCCCACGUUGGUCAGGGGCGAUUGAGGCAGGUGUAACGGCUAUAAGGCCGGAUGAGCUUGAAUUUCCAUCAACAAUGACAGACAUAGAUCAUGAUACCUGGAUGUUGUCUGGUUCAGCCGUAAUGCGAGAUGGUGUAACAUUACGUCAUAAUUAUGCUUGUGAUUUGGAUAAUCUUGUGGAAGGUAAUCGCGUGGGUAUAAUGCGGCUUGCGGAUACAAGCUUACAUUACUAUUUGGAUGGAAUAGACCAGGGAAUUGCUUGUACGGGACUUCCGUUGCACGUGUAUCCUGUAAUUGAUCUAUAUGGCCGAUGUGCUCAAGUAACAAUAGUUUCACCUGAACGUAGAGACAUAGCGACGCAGCAAUAUUUACCUUCUGAGAACAGCACCAGUCAGCAACCUACUUCUGUCAUUCAACCCCAAGCUCAGGUCGAAAUAACUCAUAAAUUUCAUGAGUCUGUUGGAGCAAAUAUCCAACUAAAUUCGGAUAGAACUAUUGCUGCUCGCUGUAGAGAGUACAGCAAUGCAAUAAUACUCAGUGAAUGUCCAUUGGAAAGUAACGAAGUUUUUGAAAUAGCAAUUCGAGAAGUUGCCCCGGAAUGGUGCGGGUCACUCAGAAUUGGCAUCAUGACCAACAAUGAUGGAAAUUGGUUUACCACUAUGAAUUUAGUUCCAAGCAUGACAUCAAUACCAGAAGAUUCUUGGUAUUUAAUUAGGAACCAAGUAAGACACAAAGGAUAUGUUUUGGCAUUAAAUUAUUGUCCAAGCCUAGACUGGCUCCGGGCUGGUGACAAGAUCGGUAUUAAACGAACACAUGAUGGAAAUUUAAAGUUCUAUAUCAAUGGCGAAGAUAUGGGUGUAGCUGCUACAAAUAUUCCUGAGUUGGUUUAUGUUGUAGUGGAAUUAUUCGGUAGCACAUUAGCAAUCUGCGCUACGAGCAGCAAACAACAAAACAUAGUAAUUUCACCUAAUGCAAGCCUUAGAUUGCAAGACUCGCUAGAAUUAUUACUAGACCCAAUGCCGCCAAUAAUGAGAAAUGAUGCUGGUAUGGAUACCUCGAUAGAUAUCUCUGAAGCAAAGCUGUUGAAUGAAAUGGUACUCACACCGACACAGCUGAUAACUAGUUCAACCGGCGAACUAGAUUAUAAUUAUGAGUUUCACGAAAAUCGUGGCAGAAAUAUUGAACUGGAAAGAAAGACUACAGCCAGAAGAGUUGCCAGCUAUAAUCAAGGUGUUGUGAUGUCUCAGCGGCCGCUAGUGAAGGGAAAAUCUUUUCAAGUUAAGGUAGAAAAAUUAAACGAUCGCUGGGUGUCUGGCAUGCUAUGUGGUGUCACAUGCAUUCCUCCAGAUAAAGCUAGCUUCCCAUUAACUGCUCUUGGAUUCAAGAAAUACUCAUGGAUUAUAUGUGGGGAUUGGAUAUCUCACAGUGGCACCAGAGUAAAAACGAGGUAUGGAAUGAAUUUAGAAAGCCUGCAGAUAGGCAGUAUUGUAAGUUUAUUAAUAGAUGAAGAUUCAAGACUGCACUUAUACAUAAAUGGUUCGGAUCAAGGCAUCGCCGCUACAGAUUUACCUCCUUACGUUUAUGCUGUCAUAGAUUUAUACGGCCAAUGUGAACAAGUUUCCAUAAUUGGUCCAGUUUCAGAGAGAGCUCCAUUUGCUAAUAACAAUACAAACAAUAUGGCGAUCGCAACGUCGGCAGAACGACCUGAAACAGAGAAUGAGGAUGUAGAAAAUUCUAGAGAAAAGGCUGAUUUGGAAUGCCAUGAAAAAGAAAAUGCCAUUCCUGCAACACCUUCCAACUUAUCUUUGAACAUUCCAAGUCAGAGUACCCUGCACCCAGCAGAGAGUUCGAACUCCGGCAAUACACUCAGUCCUAUUCCAAGUCAAAGUGAUAAUAGUUCGAACUUUGCAAAGAAUGUUGCAGCAAUGUCAAGCAGCGUUAAUUCUGAAAGUGAUAAUUCACAAUCAAGCAAUGAUGCAAGGACCAAUCUUAUAGAAAAUAGUGAAGAAAAAAGUCAAAUGGUAGUCACAAACAAUGUGAAUGAAAAUAACAUCAGCCAAAAUAUUGAAAAUCAUAAUCAUGAGAACAAUGAUGGUGAGAACAACGCCAUGACAAGUAUCCUGAGUAUUACUAAUGAAUGUACAAACGUAGAAAUAAACAAUGCAACGAACAUUAAUAUUAAAAAUGGAUGCGCUGCAAACUGCAGCCACAUGUCAAACUUGAGUACCGCCAUUACUUCUACCAAUGCUAACAAUGCGAUAAAUGAAAGCAUUGCCUCUAACAAUUUGAACCAAAUUAACUCGUUGAACAAUGCUUCGAGUACGUCUCAACACAGUGUUACGUCUCCUUCUCAGAACCAUCUUCUAACAAAUUCACAAGUGAAUGUGUCGACGAGUUCUCAAGACAGUAAUUCAAACCUUAUUCGAAACAACCAAAUACAUAAUAACUGUGUGACUAAUUCGAUUGUGGCUAAUCAGCAUAAUGAUGGACAUCACAGCCUGCUUAAUUCUUCCCUCUUCUCUUGUGUGCCUGUUAUGUCUUUGCCGUCCACUCCGUUAGCGGCGCAUAUUAGUUCCACCAAAAAAUGCGACUAUUUGAAGGCCUGCUUGAGAUUCAAGAAGUCACUUGUCCUUCCUGAGGAGUUUUUUUCUGCUGAAGAUACUUCAUGUUAUUGCAGUUCUUGUUUUAAAGCAGAAGCUGAUGGAGCUGUAUGCAGAAAAGGAGAACCACCAUCUGAGUUUGCUAUACCUCUAGGUUGGGUCAGAUUUCCACUUAGGCAAAGUAUCAAUACCAUUCAAAUACCACAAAAUACAUUGGAUAAGUGGCAUGUAGCUUUUUAUGGCACUCGUCUAGAUGCUAUCAGGUGGAUACUAGAUAGAGGGGAAUUGUUAACUAAAGAGCAAUUGGAUACAAGCAAUUUAAUUGCUAGUUUAAAUACUGAUGAUCAAAAUCCUCAAGUUGUGUUUUCUCCUAACAUAAAAUAUGCCGCAUCCGAAGAAUUUGCUAUCAAAUAUCCAUACAUUGAUACGCAGUCAAAUAAAAAACUCAAUGCAUCAACGGCAUUUCAACUAUUGGUAAGGCCUGGAUCUUAUACUAUGGGUCCUGGAAAAGAUUGCUCCGAGUCGCAGUUGGAGACAACAGAAUGGUCGACCAAGGAAGGAGGUGCUACGGUCAUUGUAGCAUUUCUUGUGCAUCUUGAUGGGUUUUAAAUUCCAUCAACAUCAAUUUCACUUCAGUUUAGUUUCGAUAAAAUCACAUGUAUCAUGUGCACACGGUUUUUGUGGAUCUAACACAAUUCUUCUAUAUCUCAAGAUUAGCAAUUGUCGGUCGAUAGACGAAUAUGACAUCAUAUUCUAGUUUUCUGAUUCAUUAAUAAUUCGGGAAUGUGAGGUUUCCUUAGGAGAUUGGGUUAAAAUCGUCGAAUUUUCGUGUACAGUAAAGUAUGACAUAUUAAAGAUUUAUUGAAUUUGCUGUAUUGCAUCAUGAAUCAUAGAUUUGUAAAUCUGAUCAGCUCGUCGAUUGGCAUGAAUGAGUUAAAUUUUCUGGCCAAUUUCUACAUGCGGUGCAAUUAUUAGAGAAAUUCAUUUUAAUAACGUCUGGCUUUCUAUCGUCGCUGGCUGAUUGAUCAUACACAUAUAUUCAUAUCGCUAGCAGAUUUUUAUGUUUUACAACGUUGUACAUACUCAAUAUAAUACACGUAUUUCGAAGUUUUAAGAAGCCUACUCAUCUGUUAACAUUUACGCAUUUUCUGUGAUACGUUAUUUACGGUAUAAAUUUUACAAUACCUACUUAUAUUAAACCAAUACAUUGGCCAAAUUUUAUCAGCGUCGUCACAGUUUGGCUGAUCGCAUAAAAGUAAACUCUUGUUUACGCAUUUAUCCAUUAUCAUUUCUUUAAAUGAUUGUUAAAGUUUACUAAGACUAUGUACACUUUUUUUUAUUUUACUAUAGUCUCUUAAUUUGAGAUGCCGGAAUAUCGUAAAUAUCGAUAAAAAAUUAUAGGUGUUAAUUAAACCUUGUUCAUAUGCUAUUCUUAUUUUAUAAUUUGCUUGGAUCAAUAGCUAGAAAGUGAAGAAGGGAAAUACAGCUGCAUAGAAAGAUCUAGUCAUUAAAAGUAAAACACAGGUUGGCCUCACAGUCAUAUUUAUUGCAUGGAUAAACUAGCACAAAACCAUUUUCAUUAUUUGAAUACCGCGUUCUAUUUGUCCAUCAAAAUAGCGAUUGUUUAAGCUGAACCUGCGUCUAAUUAUAUUUAUAUAAUAUUUAGUUGGGAUAAUAAAAGGGGAAAAAAGAAAUCAAGAUUAAUUGGAGAUCUCGCAUGACAUUUUUGUCUAUACUUCUCAUUCUGGAAUGGGAAUUAUAAUGGAAUUCUCAUAAUGGAAUAUUAGUUGUACCGAAUUGCAAAUAUGAUGAGUGUGACAGAACAAACUAACGACGAGUCAUUGUAAGGUCCAAAUAUACCAGAGUAAUAUUUUUAAAAAUCAAAUAAAUUAUUGUUAUAGCUACCGGCUAAUAAAAGUAGUAGUGGCAAGUGUAUUAUUAUUUGUCUAUGAAAUAGAAACGGACUACAGUUGAAGUGGAAUUAUUAUUUUGAAUAAGCCUUAUUUUAUCAGAAAAUCAAAGUGUAGAAGCAUAGUAUACUAUGAGGAGUAAUCUGAGCCCUCUUUAAAUGUUUAAGCUCUAAACUCCAGCAGAAUAUAUUCUUAACUCUCAUACUGAUUUGAAUCGUAGUCCGAGAUAUAUUACUAUGAAAAAUAUAAUUACUGGAUGUUAUUUAGGAUAUUACACAAUAUUGAAACUUAUGGCAUAUACUUAUAUCUAUAAAUCACUGGAAUUAUGAUCAAUUGUAAUCCAUUAUAACUUGAUUCUGAGAUAUCGCUGUUUAAAAGAAGGCGGGGAUAUUUUUUAAAGAAAACAAAAAUGAAAAAACAAAGACUAAACACAGACUUCAGUUGUGUCAUAAAAUAAAUGGAUUAACAAUUAACGACUAACAAUAAGAUGUAUGUGGUUGAAGGAAAUCGCAACUAGUAAUAUACAAUUUUAUAAAUGAUUGUGAUAUGUAAAAAGUUGUGAGUAUCGUAUUGGAAUACUCGAGUGUUAAAUUUUGAGAGUGAGAAAAAGGUAUCCCCAAUUAAAAAUUUGAUCAACAGUUAGAUUAGAAUCAUCGCUCUUAUGAUUCGUUAUUGUUGAAUUAUUGUUAAUGAAUUGUGAUCAGUAACAAUACCACCUAAUUAUUAUAAUUGAGAAAAAUAAUCACUCCGAAAAGGUCACUGAAUUAUUACAUUAAUUUACGUAUACGUUUCUACCGUUAUAGGUAUGUAUAAUUUACUUUCAAGGCACUGACAUAUGAAUUAAAGUAACUACAAUAAUAACAUUAUAAAGAAUUGUAUAAUAAAAGUUAUUAUUUAGACUGGUAACAAAUAAAGAUACCUAACAUACUUUUCCAUUA